AUGUCAAAAUGCUAUUCCCAUUCAAGAUAUAAUGACAGAUAUGGUAGUUCUGAAAGAUAUCAUGGUCAUAGAAGACACGGUUACAAUUCAUAUGAUCGUCAUCGUCCACAUUCAGGAAUAAGGCCACCAACAAUACAUACACCAAUUCCAAUACCUGUUCCAAAACCAGUCUUUAUACCAAGUCCUAUUCUUGUUCCUGGAAAUCAUAGACAUAAUGAGUAUCCUCGUCAUCAUCGUCAUCAUCAUGGUCAUUAUUAA